CCGCCCGGUGGGAUCCAGUCUUCGGGGCCCGGAGAGCCUCCCGCGAAAGAGCGGCCGGGGCGGCGCAGGAGAGGGGGCUGCCCACGCGUGGCCAGAGGCGGCCGCGGCUGCACCCGGGCGCCUCCCGCGGGUUAAAGAGCGGCGAGGCUGGCUUAAUGGUUAACCGGCGCCCGCCUCCCGCGCACGGCAGCCGCGCCGUCCGGGCAGAGCGGAGCUGCGGCGAUGGCGGUGCGGCUGGACUCGCUGGAGCGCUGCCUGGAGCGGCACCUGCCCGCCGCCGAGCUGGCCGAGGCGAAGCGGCUCCUCCUCGGGGAGCCCCUCAGGCCACUGGAUCUGCCCAAGGAGGCUCUCUCGGCUGCUGCAGAGAGGGACUUUGAGCUGCAGGGCCACAAGUUCGAGGCGGCACCAGAGCAGCUGCGGCAACCAUGCCUGGUCCGAGUGGGGCUGGUCCAGAACAAGAUUCCUCUGGCCACAGACGCGCCUGUCGCUGAGCAGGUAGCUGCACUGCACAGACGCAUACAAGAGAUUGUGGAAGUGGCUGAAAUAUGUGGAGUAAAUGUGAUCUGUUUCCAAGAGGCUUGGACCAUGCCGUUUGCUUUCUGCACACAAGAGAAACUGCCAUGGACUGAAUUUGCUGAAUCAGCAGAAGACGGACCCACCACAAGAUUCUGUCAAAUGCUGGCUAAGAAGCACAAUCUGGUUGUGGUCUCUCCCAUCCUGGAAAGAGAUGCUGCCCAUGGAGGAACUCUGUGGAAUUCAGCCGUGGUCAUUUCCAGCUCUGGUUCUGUGCUGGGGAAGAGCAGGAAGAAUCACAUCCCCCGGGUGGGCGACUUCAAUGAGUCAAGAUAUUACCUGGAAGGGGACCGAGGACACCCAGUGUUUGAGACCCAAUUUGGGAAGAUUGCGGUGAAUAUUUGCUUUGGUCGCCAUCAUCCCCUCAACUGGCUCAUGUACAGUUUGAAUGGAGCAGAGAUCAUCUUUAACCCUUCGGCCACCAUUGGCAAACUCAGUGAAUCCAUGUGGCCCAUCGAGGCGAGAAAUGCCGCCAUUGCCAACCAUUGCUUCACUUGUGCCAUCAACCGCGUGGGGACGGAAUUUUUCCCAAAUCCCUUUACAUCUGGAGAUGGAAAACCGGCUCAUCGUGACUUGGGCUAUUUUUAUGGCUCAAGUUAUAUAGCCGGUCCAAAUGGAAGUCGGACCCCCGGACUGUCAAGAACCCGAGAUGGACUCUUGGUGGCAGAGAUGGAUCUAAAUCUUUGCAGACAAGUUAAUGAUGAAUGGAAUUUCAAGAUGACUGGAAGGUACAAGAUGUAUGCCGAGGCACUUGCUGCAUUUGUCCAGCCCAACUUUGUGCCCAACGUCAUCCGAGAGUGACCUGUAAGGUCCUGCCUCGGCUCUCUUCUCCGGAAAGCAUGACUCUUGAAACAAGCCUUAUUUCAAAAGGAUCUUUUACUGAGAGAAAGUGAUCGCAAAGAAGCCAGGCGGAAUCUGAAGUUCCCGCGUGAAGCGUUAAGCUAAUUUCCCAUCAUUCAAACCCCAACACAAUGCCCCGGUCCAUCAGGAGCCAAUCCACUUGUGUGAAGGUGUGAAAGCUCCAAGAUGAGAAGGUAAUAACAAGUCGUUCUCUGGCGCUGCGACCUUAGUGACACGCGGGAGCUGGCCAGAAAGGAGUCCCUAAUUCCCACACAGAUACUGUACACCAAAGCAAAAGCAUAAAAUUCUUCAAUCCCAAAGUAACAUUCCCCCCUCCCCUCGGAAUGGCAGCACUCUGACAGGGACCUGAUACGCUGCCCCCCUAAAGAAGGAGAUUCAUACCUGCAGGAGAGAAAUUAAUAAACGGGGAACAAGAAAA